GUCCUAAAUUCUGUCUGUAACAGUUUCUUUGUGACAGGGUCACUAUGGAAAUUAUGCUUCUUACUCCCUUACAUAUCAUACCUACCAGGCCGAUCUAGAUUACGUUCGGUACUAUGAGGAGAUGUCAGAGGAAAUUAAGUGGGUACAAGAUAAAGUGGGAGUUGACGAUAAACAAUGCCGGAGAUACGAGAAGAGGGCUUGCUUUCAAGCAAUGAAGAUUGGAUCAGGGUAUAAGAAUCUAUUCAGACAUUCAGUUUUGACCGCCUACAUGGACUAUAUGGAUAGUGUUCAGUUUGAUUUUGAUAGACGUAGGGACUUCGAUCGUGUCUACCUUGAGAUUUGGAAGCGGAUUGCUAAGGACAAGAUGGAUUACGAUAGCGCAUUGAAGGAAAUAUAUGAACAGAACAUGUUCCCCUCGCGCAUGGGUGUAAUUAAACUGGAAGUUGAAAAAAUGCCACCUUCCUUCCAUGGUUGGAUGAAAAAGAAAUAUGAUGCUUAUGUGGCUUGCAUCGAUGAAAAUAUUUCAGAAGAGGACUGUCAUCUCUUGAUCAUAGGGUCCAUGAAAGAAAUGUUUCCAGAACACAAGACAUAUUUGGAUUACGUCAAAAAGAAAAUAGAAGUCGCUGCACGCAUUGGUUUGAUUUCCAAAGCUGUAGAUGUCACUACACAAGGAAGUGAAGUCAACGGGGAUGUUAAGCUUAAGAUAGCCAACUGA